GUUCGUCAUUGCUGCGUUCCCCCCCCGCACUCGAUACGAACGAGGUCUUUGCAUUUCACAAACGUCAUAGCAAAAGAGUGACACAAUGCUCAAACCCCAUCAUCAUCAUCGUCGUCACCAUAUAUGUAUUGUGCUCGUACCCAGACAUGUCAAGAGAAUCUUACUUGUUUUGAAUAUUUAUCAUCUCUGAAACAAACACCUGACGCAUUUUACCGGAACAGACUUCGACGUCUUCCUUCUCACUGAAUACUCCUCAAAUCCCUCGAAUCAAAUCAACAUGCCUCAACACCCGGCAGAAGAGACCGCUCCCUCCCACAUCUUUGACAAGGUGGCCAAAGAAUCUUCCGACUCAACCGCUUCUGAUGCCCCUCUGCACAAGGAGAAUGAGCAACCCGUCAAGCAGGCCGCUUCGGCUCAAGACCACAAGGGCCACGGUCCUCAACUUUCCGACAACUUGCCAGAAGCGAAAUCGAAAGACGAGUUAAAGGCAAAAGCGGCCGAGAUGAACAAAUAAGUGGUUCUUGGGUGUGAUGCACUCAUUACUGUAAAAUAGCAUGAAAUGUCAGAACAAGCGCGGCGGAGCAUAGCCCAGACCACGGCUGCAGCAUGACCGUAGGAAGGGUGGCAGGAAAAUAUAUACACAGGUUCUAAUGACCAAAAGAAAUUCAUCAUUGACCCUUGGUUCCCUGUUUGACCCAUCUUUGAUGAAGCGGAAAGUACAGAGGCACGACGAACAAUAUCCAAGGCCGGGGGCAUCACUCCGCUAUAACUGCCGAGUCAGCAAGUCGAACAAGGCAUCUGAACGUCAACGCAGGACGCAAUACGAGUAGUACAAUGUCCAAGAUAUGUGGGAGUGUCAACUACAGUAAACGAACGAACCAUGAAAGCAGACCGACAUGCGCCCAGUGGACCUGAUCAAAUGUGCUGCUUGAUCAAAAUAGCCACUGCGAUUGACUGUUCAGUAGACACUACACUCUCACUCUCAUACGUCCUAUCUUCGCACAAGUAUUGUAUCCUGCAUCGCCAGAUUCUGACCGUCAUUGUCUCUUGGACCAACGAGCGAGCUCACCCAUCGUGCCGACUGUAUUCUUUUUGUGCUUUAGAAAUACUAAGCAUUUCCUUAGCAUCAAGUGUUCAGAGCACUUGGAAAAGGUUCUGGGUUCUCGUCCCAGCU